AUGCUACUUGACGGUCAUAAUACACAAACACUGAGUUUGUCUUGGUUAAGAUCACAAAUUGGUCUUGUCAGUCAAGAGCCGGCUCUCGUAUGCGAUCUCACUGUUGCAGAAAAUAUCGCAUAUGGACAAGCGUCAACUGAUUUUACUCAUGAAGAUAUUAUUCGUGCUGCAAAGCGAGCACAUUGUCAUGACUUUAUCGAAGCUUUACCUCAGGGUUACCAGUCAUCUGUUGGAUGUAAUGGUAUUUUCUACUUUUCUGGUGGUCAAAAGCAACGCAUUGCGAUUGCUCGGGCUCUCUUUCGCAAUCCCAAAAUUUUGUUAUUAGACGAAGCAACCAGUGCACUCGACAUGCAAAAUGAACAGGUACAUGUUAUGACUGCAAUUUAUUGA